AACAACUGUUCUGCUACUGACUCCUGCAACACAAUGGCAGCAGAGAUGGCUUUGUUCAAGCCCAUCUCUAAGUUUUGCAGAACCACACCCAAAUUUAGCAAUCCAAGGCCAUACUCCAAGUUCUACAUUAACAUGUCUGCUACUUCUCAGCCCACCACAGUGAAGCCCAAGAAACAAGCUAAGAAUGCAAUAAAGGAAACCCUUCUUGCUCCUAGAUUCUACACUACUGAUUUUGAUGAGAUGGAGACAUUAUUCAACACUGAGAUCAACAAGAAUCUCAACCAGUCUGAGUUCGAAGCUCUUCUCCAAGAGUUUAAGACCGAUUACAACCAGACCCAUUUCGUUAGGAACAAGGAAUUCAAGGAGGCAGCUGAUAAACUCCAAGGCCCUCUGCGACAGAUCUUCGUCGAGUUCUUGGAGAGGUCCUGCACUGCCGAAUUCUCUGGUUUUCUUCUUUACAAAGAGCUGGGAAGAAGACUAAAGAAAACCAAUCCAGUGGUGGCUGAAAUAUUUUCACUCAUGUCCAGGGAUGAAGCCAGGCAUGCUGGGUUUUUGAACAAGGGUUUGUCAGAUUUCAAUUUGGCACUGGAUUUGGGUUUCUUGACAAAAGCUAGAAAAUACACAUUUUUCAAGCCAAAAUUCAUCUUCUACGCUACAUAUUUAUCUGAAAAAAUCGGAUAUUGGAGAUACAUUACAAUUUACAGGCACCUUACAGCCAACCCAGAAUUCCAAGUCUAUCCAAUUUUCAAGUAUUUUGAGAACUGGUGCCAAGAUGAGAACAGACAUGGAGACUUCUUCUCUGCUUUGAUGAAAGCACAGCCUCAAUUCCUAAAUGAUUGGAAGGCAAAAUUAUGGGCACGAUUCUUCUGUCUAUCGGUAUAUGUGACAAUGUAUCUUAAUGACUGCCAGCGGACAGCUUUCUACGAAGGUAUUGGACUCAACACGAAAGAAUUCGACAUGCAUGUCAUCAUUGAGACCAACCGUACAACUGCUAGGGUUUUCCCAGCAGUUCUGGAUGUUGAGAAUCCAGAGUUCAAGCGGAAGUUGGAUCGGAUGGUGGAGAUCAACCAGAAGCUCCUUGCAGUUGGAGAGAGCCAAGACAUAGCCUUGGUGAAAAACUUAAAGAGGGUCCCCCUAAUUGCAGCUUUGGCUUCUGAGCUCUUGGCUGCCUAUCUCAUGCCUCCAAUCGAGUCUGGAUCUGUGGAUUUUGCGGAGUUUGAGACACAACUUGUGUACUGAAUGUUCUAUGUUUGACACCAUUCAGUGCCUGAUAGCUUAGAGUACUAUUGUUAAUGGUCAUUGUAAGGCUCUUGUAUGCAACUGAGGAAACAUUAGUUUUCUGAAAUCAACUCUUCAUGUUCUUUAUGUAAA